CGUAGCCUUGCCGACUGCCUUACCGUACGUCGCGAUAAUACUCCACCGACUGUAAUAUUAUUAUUUAUUAGUUUAUUACGUUGAACGUUCCCUUCUUAUCCGGUGUCGCGCGAUUCAGUUAUUUCUACAACUAUUAAUAUUAUUAUCAUCAUUAUUUUAAUUAUUGCAAGACGCGAUUAUGCGAGUCGUCUUCAGUCGUUGAUCGUUAUUGGCUGGUACGAGAUUUACUAACCCACUCGUUUACGCGACGAGUUCAAUUGCGUGAUUGUAGUCGAGAUAACCGGUCGAUUUACGUGUCGAAAAGAAAUCGGAUCAAGACCCUGGCACAGGAGGGUGACCCAGCACCGACCGGAGACGGUGACACCAUGUCGCGGCCGGAUUUUACACCACUUCAAGAGCAGUGGUUUUCCAAUCUCUUCGACUGGAUGUAAUAGGUACGAAUCGCGAUAUUGGAAUCGUUAGCGUAUCUAAAGCAACGGACAUCCAGGGCUUGUCUGACGGGGACGUUGAUCUUAGUGGCGCCUCAACGGAACUCUUGGAUUCAGAACACCGUGUCUUGCCUGCCAGAACUACAUAGGAGACUGUUGCCGCCACAGACAUUAUUUCAUAUGCAGACUUCACAAUGAGGAAGCUGAGCGUUCAAACGAGUCAAACGGAUGUAUUUUGUUUGAACAUUUGAUCAUCAUGUCUGAUGUACGAAACAGUUUAUGGGCACAUCCACCCUUACCACCUGGCAAACGAAUAUUAGAUCGUUCAAGCUCUGAAGACAGAAAAUCAACUUUUGGAUUUAUGCGAAAAUUUCCAUCCGUCCGCCGAAAUACCAAAAAAGAGAGCAUGAUGGAUACAACUUAUGAGAGUUUUGACAGUCUAUUCGAAGACAACGAUAUCGUUUUAGUCGAAACCGAAUAUGUUGAAGAUUCCAGUAAGAUCAGAAGACCAUUUACGUCAAUGUUCAGAAGCCGAUCUGAUGGAAAUUUAGCUGGGUCUUCAAUAAGUGGUUCGAUUUUGUCUCAUGAGUCUACAGAACCAAAGGGGUUUACCAAGUAUCUGAGAGCGCUGAGUGGAAGUUGGAAAAAUUUAUUGAAUAUUAGCAGUAUGAACAAAACUCAGAAAAAUGUUCCUCAAGUAAAGAAAGUCCCUCCACCAGCCAUUCCGGAUUCAGUUGCAUGCCGACAUUCGGGUAGUAGCUUUGGAUCAACAGGAUAUAGUAGCUCCAGCGAUGACGCAUUUCUAGAUCCAAAUACUUGUAUCAAACCAGAUAUCUACGAUGGAUCAGAUACUUAUUGUCCAAUUGGAAAUAAAUCACCAUCGUCACAAUUCAACCAUCCAGCUUUCACAUUUCCAGGAUCUACUUCGUAUUCUCACCCCAGUGGAAAUAUGAAGAUGUAUUACCAUCAAUUGUCACUUCAGGAAGAUCAAGGAAUUGAUAUGACCCAAAGUCCUGGUCGUGAUAGUCCUGGUUCAUCUGGUUCUGGUUCAGGAUCUCGUCACUCAACGGCAAGUUUAGAUAGUGGUCGUGCUUCAGGGUGUCAUCUCCGAGGAAACACUCAUUGGCAUCCAGAACUUAGUCCGUCUACUAGGGUGGAAAGACUUCUAAAUCAAGGGGUUCCAGAUAAAGAUAUAAUGUACAGUUGGUUAGUUGAUCUACAUCUAGAAGAAUAUUUACCAUUGUUUAUAUCUGCUGGAUAUGAUAUGAGAACAGUUUCAAAAAUGACACCAGAAGAUUUAACUGCUAUUGGUGUAAAGAAACCUAAUCAUAGAAAGAAAUUAAAAGCAGAAAUCGGCUUAUUAAAUAUAUCUGAUGGAUUAUUAGACUACAUUCCUGGAUCAUUAGAUGAAUGGCUUAGAUUACUAAGACUUGAAGAAUAUGGAUCAGCGUUAGAAGCUCAAGGUUAUUCUACAAUAGAUGAUGUAACUCAGUUGACAUGGGAAGACUUAGAAGAUAUUGGAAUAGUUAAACUUGGGCAUCAAAAAAGAUUAUUACUAGCAAUUAAACGAGUAAAGGAUAUUAAGGCUGGAAAAUCAUUUGUUCCUCAUUCUCCAUAUAUUAUUCAAACUCAAGCCUGCAUCGAGUCGCCAUUAAGCAUUGUAAGCAGCAGUUCUGGAUGUGGAACGAGUAUCACUAACAUAAGUUGCGGUACGGGCAGUGUUGAACUUGAUUUGCCACGUGUUCAUGCCACGUAUCACAGCUUUCAUCAACCUUGGGAAUUAGAGAGUAGCAAACAACUAUAUUGCCAAACAGAUAUUGUUCCCAUCAAGUCCCCUAGACCUACUCCGGAUUCGAACUGGACACUCGAAUUUCAGGAAUCGCUUAGAGGAACACAUCGUGGCAAAUCAUUGGAAAGUUUACAUGAAAAUAUAAAUUCAACGACUGGAGGUACAAGUAGCUUUGUUGGUCCUCCGCAAUGGAGACAUCAGCAAAAAAGUUUUGAAGAUGGUGAUUUAACACCAACAAAUGAAACAUCUAUUCUUCAUGAGUGUGGUGGUACACUACCUAGACCAAGAGGACUAGUUAAGCCAAGAUUAAUAGCUAAAGUCCCUGCUUUAUUAACUCAACAAAAUAUAGAAGACUGUUCAGGAUUAAAUACAUUGAAACGUAGACCCCCAUCGCCACCUAAACGUCAACAGUCUUGUGAAGAUAAUAAAAAGUGUCAUCAAGUAACUGUUGUUGCUGAUCUACAUUGUAUUCCAACAUUACAAUCUAAAUCUUUAGGCAAAUGGACUACAGACAAUAUGUCUCCUAAACAUAACCUAGAGGAUCAUAUUGGAUCAAAUGCAAGCUUUAAAUCAAAUUCAAGUACUGAAUCAGAUACUAUUCCAUUUGCCAAUGAAAAUGCUGGCACAAUUAAACAGAGAACUAUCAGAUCUACAAAUGAAUUAAUUCAACCUAUGCUAGCUGAAGGAUCUCAUUAUACAACUUCAAGUUAUUCAAUGCACUCAACAACAAGUCAAUUUUCGUUAAUGCCUCCAAGUGGAAAAAAAGAGCCAGCAGAUGUACUCAAUGACAUUGGAAAUAUGUUAGCCAAUUUAACUGAUGAAUUAGAUGCCAUGUUAGAAGAAGAAAAAAGACAAGGUCUAAAUGAUUAAAUUAAUUAAUUCUUUAUAAGAAUUAAGUUAAUUGUACUUGCCUUAAUUGUCAAAAAAAAUUACAUUUGUUCCAUCCAAUCAAAAAGAGACAAUUUGUAUGUUCCUUUUUUGUUUCUGUGAGUUUUAAGAUUCAAAUAGCAAAAAAAAAAAUUUAAUCUUAUUUGUAUCUUACUAAAUCUGUCAAUAUUAGGAUAUAAAAAAGAAAACACCAAUUGUAAAUGUACUCACUCCUUGCUCUUAUGUUUUAAUUUAAAAUUAGUUUACAAUUUUAGCUGUAUGGCUGAUACUAUCUUUAUCUCACCUAAACAUUAUAAAUUGAUAUGGAUUGGAAUCAGCCUUAUGAAUUUUAAAUAUUAUUUUAUUAACCGCAAUUAACUAUGGUAUUACUCAAAUUUAUUUUUGAAAUUUUAAAAUUUAAUAUUAUAUAAUUUCUAUGCAACUAAAAAACUAUAUUUGUUACUAUUAGUGUAGACAUAUCACCUUAAACGUCUUCCUGUUUUAUAAUUUUAAUCGAAAAUAUAACUUGUUUUUAGAAUUUAAAAAACUUUACCCAAGUUAUAUAGAGACAUAUUAUAUUAUAUUUCUAAAUUAUUAUUUAUAGGUAGCUAUUUUAAUUAGGUUACUAGUCAAUCGUAGGUGACUUUAUUUUAAAAUUAAAUAUUGUAUAAAAUACUUUUAGAGACAACAUAUUUGACUGAUUAGAGAGAGGUGCACACUGCACAGUUAGUAAUCUUUGAACCAUAAAGAUUUAUAUUGUUUAAAUAACCAGUGUCCAUGGAUAAUAUUUUAUAUCUGUUAGUAUCAACAUAAAUGAUUUAAUGAACUUUGGUGAAGCUAUCUAUUUAUUUGUAUUAGUUAAAAUGUAAUUUUUUUACUCAAGUUGGGUAAACCAGGUUUUCACCACAUGAGAAUUUAAUUUUGAUUAUUCUUUAUGGGCAUUUCCAUUCCUUAGCAAAAUAACUUUUAUACUGUAUGUACAAAUAAUAACUCAGCGAUUAGCAUUUUAUAUAAGAUACACCGAGUAAAAUCAUAUUCAGUGGUCCGUGUAUACGGGGAAGUACAUUGAGUUUGUAAAUGUUAUUUAAUGAUUACCUAAAUAAUAUUUAGAAUCUAAACAUUUGUAUAUUAUGGUAGUAGGUUUAUAAUAUAAACUGAGAAUAACAAUUUUAUUAUAUUUAUAUACUGGUAGAUUUUUAUACCACAAAUUAUUAUGUACAUUAAUAAACAAUUUUGAAUAAUA